UUCGGGGCGGCUGCCGCCGGUGGGCCGCAGAUGAAGAGGAGGCGGCGGCAGUGGUGGAAGAAGAGGCGGCGGCGGCGGCGGCGGCGGGGGUAGGGAUCCUGGAAACGCGAGCGGGGAUGGUAGGUGUUUUGGACCCGCCGGGCCGCCGUCGUUUCCAGAAAGGGUUUGACUGGAGGAACCUCUGGAGCAGCUAUGUUGUUACCAGUGAACCAAGAUCAAUUCUCCCUAAGUGUUGGAACAGUGUUCUGAAGCUCUCUGCACAAUGGACCAGGGUGUUUUAUUGAGUGGAGCAUGGGACACACCCUGAUACGAUGUGAUUUCAGUAACUACAGGAAUGAUUCUGGUCUUCAUUUUAAACUUGUAUACUCAGAACAUACCUUAGAAUUCCUUUGGAAGAUAACUCUGAAUUUAUCCAAGCAUUAUUUGAAGGAAGCUAAAGUUCUUUAGGUUGGCUGGCUCCGCUGGCUGAUGGCAUGUUGAGGCACAUGGGCCAGUGGCAACAAGGGUAUCCAAUCCAGAGGGGGCCACUCUAGAGGUCAGGCCACCAGCAUCAUGGGCCAGUGUGUCACCAAGUGCAAGAAUCCCUCAUCAACUCUGGGUAGCAAGAAUGGAGACCGUGACCCCAGCAGCAAGUCACACGGCAGGCGGGGUGCAGGCCACCGUGAGGAACAGCUGCCAGCCUGUGGCAAACCAGGUGGGGAUAUCCUCGUCAAUGGGACCAAGAAGGCAGAGGCUGCUACUGAGGCCUGCCAGUUGCCAACGUCCUCGGGAGAUGCUGGGAGGGAGCCCAAAUCAAAUGCCGAGGAGUCUUCCUUGCAGAGGUUGGAAGAACUGUUCAGGCGCUAUAAGGACGAGCGGGAGGAUGCAAUUUUGGAGGAAGGCAUGGAGCGCUUUUGCAAUGACCUUUGUGUGGACCCCACGGAAUUUCGAGUGCUGCUCUUGGCUUGGAAGUUCCAGGCUGCUACCAUGUGCAAAUUCACCAGGAAGGAGUUUUUUGAUGGCUGCAAAGCAAUAAGUGCAGACAGCAUUGAUGGCAUCUGUGCACGGUUCCCUAGCCUCUUAACAGAAGCCAAACAAGAGGAUAAAUUCAAGGAUCUCUACCGGUUUACAUUUCAGUUCGGCCUGGACUCUGAAGAAGGGCAGCGGUCAUUGCAUCGGGAAAUAGCCAUUGCCCUGUGGAAAUUGGUCUUUACCCAGAACAAUCCUCCGGUAUUGGACCAGUGGCUAAACUUUCUAACAGAGAACCCCUCGGGGAUCAAGGGCAUCUCCAGGGACACUUGGAACAUGUUCCUUAACUUCACUCAGGUGAUUGGCCCUGACCUCAGCAACUACAGUGAAGAUGAGGCUUGGCCAAGUCUCUUCGAUACCUUUGUGGAGUGGGAAAUGGAGCGAAGGAAAAGAGAAGAGGAAGGGAGAGGUGCACUCAGCUCAGGGCCCGAGGGCUUGUGUCCCGAGGAGCAGACUUAGUGUUUCUGUCUCAGGAGCAGCAGCAAGGAUCUGCCUGCUGCCCUGCAGCCAACCGAGGAUUUGGACACUUUCUGGAAAUUACUGAAGAUCCGGAUAUUUUCUACUUUACACCUUUCUCUGCCUUGUAUCUGAAAGGGCUCUAAAAUGCUGUAUCAUGUUUUAGGCACUUUCUUCACUUUUUGGUUAUUUUGGUUAUUUCUUUUUUUGGGGGGGGUCCCCCAAAAUAUUUGAACCUGGUUACAUGUUGUGUAUCCUUUUUUUUGAAGCCUUCAGAUAGAAUAAGCCUGCCACUUCUUGCACAAAUUAGAUUUUUUUUUUUUUUUUUUGGUGGGGGAGGGUGUAGAGCAGGGAGCGGGGAAUGGGACCGUUAGGUUGAAUUAUCAUUACAAAAUGAUACAGUGCCAGAUCUCAGUUUUGCAUAUUCUUGUUUUUCAGGGCAGGUCUGUACUGUGUGUAGUGCUGUUUACAUGGUUGAAUUUAGGUUGUAAUAAUUAUUUUUAAAGAUUUACACAGAAUUGAAUAGCAGUGUUAACUGUUAACCACAUUGCAUUAAUUCCCAGGCAAUUAAAGCUCUUGGAGAGCCAAGGCCAGCCAAGAGCAUUUGUAGUCUGGUGACAACCCCCUUUUAAGCUAAUUUAUCUGAAACCCUUAUUUUCCUUACUUCUUGCUCAUUCCUUCUUUGACCUAUUGCAUUUCAUUUUGAGUUUAUCCAUCAACAUGCUGCACCUGUCAGUCAAGUGAGCAGUUUUUUUAGAACACAUUGUACUGAGAACCACUUAAGCAUUGAAUGCAGAGAAAGCAGUGCUACCUCAGUUUUGCUGGAAGUAGACUUUGAUAGUUUUCUUUCUUUGAUGAAUUUUCUGUAUUUUCAUGUUGUAAGUGGAAAUACUUUUUUUUUUCAUUUGCCUUGGAGCCAAAGUUUCUGUUCCUGGUGGUCGGAAAACUGUGCCUGCCGGCCAGCUGACUUGAAGGAAAACUGUGGUAUGGAGCUCUGCUUGAAUUUUUUUUUUUUUUUUUUUUAAAUUGAGUAUCAUCAGCUUACUUGUCUGGCAAGUGCAGAAGCCUGGGGCUGACCUGAACUCUGCCAAACAAAUAUAGAAGUGUUUUAAUAGUUAAAUGUGUGCCCUUUCCCUUCUUGCUGCACCCAUGUUGUCACUUAACCCCCAGAAGUUAUUUAUUUUCUUCUUUGUUAAUGUCAGGCUCAUUUGGGGUAAUGUGAUGACUGUUUAGGUUUACAUGACCCUCCUUUCCUUUUCCUACCCCCAAAUAUGUAUAUAUACAUAUAUAAGAUAUGUAUAUAUUUUACCUAUAUAAAAUAUAUAUAUACACAUAUAUGUAUCUAUAUUCCUUUGUUUCUUUGCCUGCUAAAACUGGCUAUAAAAGGGAGCUGCCUUCAAUAUAUAAAGUAUGAGAAGAGUGCCAGGGAACAUCAUAAUGGAGGCUUUUUAAUCUUAAUUUGGACCAUUUUCACUAAAGAUGAAUUUUCUCAGCCCUUUCCUCACAAGAGGGAGUCCCAGUUCUCCAGACUCCUCUGCAUGCUGGCUCCGUAAGGCCAACUUUGGCCAACUGCCACACAGGAGUUGACUCUGGUCCUACCUGGUUUCAGUAGAGGGUCCUCUUGUUAUUUUUCCAUUAAAAAAAAAUGUCCUCAUAAAAUUGUACUGGAAGGGUGGGUGGCAGGAACUUGUACCGUUCAGCUUCCAACACUUUGGAACAGGUUGAAAAGGGAAUCUUUUAAAUAAAAACUUAUAAAAAUAUUUAUACUCUUGAGGUAAUGAGAGUUUGUCUGUUAAACAUUUGGAGUUUUCUCCCGCAACUUACCCCCAUCUCCCUCCCAGGUAUAUGCUUCUCAGCCUGGGUAGGAAUUGCUUAUUUUGAGUUCUUUUAUUAGUAGCCUGUGGCUCUGGGCUCCCAUCUUUACAAAAUGAUUUAAGGAGUUUCUGCAGUUGAUGUUUUUCUAAAAUUGGUAUUGACAUAGGGAACAUACUUGAAGUUUUGUGGGGUUUGUUUUUUUGUUUUUUGUUUUAAUCCUAAUCCUGACAGUUGCCCUUUCUUAGAGGGGUGGAUGGGAAACUUUAAAGUCAGCCACAGUAGGUUAGCAGUACUGCUAUAAAGCUGAUGAGGGUCCCAGUCCAGAUGUCUGGCUUUGUUCUAGCCUAAGACAUAAGAUCCUUGUAUAAAGAGUUUCUAGGGGUCCUAGCAGGUUCUGUGGGCUCAAGUGUAGCUCAAGUGAGGUAUUAACAAGACUACCUGCUCAUUCAGUCAGUCUGCAACCCCCAGUUUUUCCCAAUUUUGGGUUGGGUAGAGGUUGAAUAAGGGUAAAGGCAGGCUGCUCCUAGCCAGGUAAGACUUUCUCUGUCUUAGAUCAGAAGGGUGUAUGGAGAGAAGGGCACAGAAGAGGGAGAUGCUGAGUAUCCUGAGGACUCUGGAGGAACUGGAUUCCUUCCCCAGCCUACAAGAAGGCAUUCCAUGCUAUAUGAUGGGUGGAUUUUUAUUUUUUUUAAUUCAACUCUUCAGCUUUCCAUCCCCCGACAAAAGAGCCAUUUUUAAAAAAUUAUUUUUGUUACAAAAAUGCAAAUUAGAAGCCUGAAAAGGGAAUGGUCAGGGAGGGACUUAGUUUCCUUCCAAGUUUAAGUCUUUGAUGCAAGGAAUUCAAGCUUCUGCAGUAGUCUGGGCCAGUGCUUGACUUUCUCAUAACCAUAGGAAAAGCAGUUUUUCUACAAAGGGAUCCAAGGUGUAGUGGGUGUGUGUCUAGGGUUUGCAGUUACACUUGUGGGAAAUGAAAGGUCCCUGUUCCUCUUCACCUAGAGAUAGGUUUGCUGCUUAAUGAGUGAGCAGUAAUUGUGUUGAAGAGGUCAGUGCAUGCCCCUCAGGAAGCCAGUGCACCCUUCACUUUAACAAUAUGACACCAGAGUGGUGGGGUGGUGUGGAGAGGGGCAAGAUGUGGCUGCCAUUUUGCAAACAGGCAAAUAUCAGAGUGGCUACAACCAACUGAAUAUGUUGGGAAAUUGCUUGUUUUUUGGCAGUGGUUUUGUGUGUGAGCUUCUGUGGUAUUUCUUUAGCAAUUGAUUAGAAAACUAUAAGAGAUGAAGUGUGCUUCAUUGAAUUGCUCUUCCCCCAUCCCUGCCAAAUUUGAAUGUAUCAUUCUUAACUCUGCCUCCUGUAAUGACACUUUGCUAUGCUGUUGCCUCAGCAGUUCUCACUGCCAGAUGUGCUCACAUAUGAGAGUUGGGUCCAAGAUCCCACUUCUACCCUUCUGAUAAGAAAAAAAAUCUAAAGCUGGGUAAAGAUCCAAAUUUCAACCAAGCCUUCAGGCCCAAGGAAAUCCAAUUAAAAACCAAAACAGAAGAUCUGUAUUUAGGGCUGUGUUUGGUUUGCUAAAUUUAGUCUUCAGUGUAGUGAAAGGUAGACCCAAUUAUACAUUGUAAGGGCUGGAAGAAAGCUGCUGCUAGGUUUGUUUUGCUGUAGUAGCCCGCUUUGCCAUUUUUCUUGUGUGUCUAAUGUUUGGUUAGUGAUGACCUGAACAUCUUGGCAAUCAACAAGGUUUUCCUUGGGGGAAUCCAUCUUGUUUAAACAAGAUGGACUAAAAGGACUAUUAAGUCAUUAAAGUGUUAAUUGGGACUCAUUUGAGAACACGUGACAUUGACCUUCCCCUUAAUCCACAGUCUUUUUUUCUGAAUCAUAUGGAGAGGUUUCCCACCCACUCCCCCUUAAGAGUUUACUCCUUUGCUAGGCUGUAAUUAUAGCAUAUAUAUCCAGGUUAACCUUGACUGGCACUGCCUUACAGUGAGGAUCUGCAGGUGUUUUUCUUCACUGAAAGACAAAAUUGAGUAACCAUCAGAUUCUGCUUCUGAUUCAGGUGCUAGGGCAUCACAUCCUCCUCCCUGUUUCUCUUCUUGGAAACUGAGCCCGCUCUUCCACCACCCACCUUCCCUACUACUUUCAACACAAAUCUUGGAUAUUGCCAAAGGAAGCCAUUCAGCAGCUGCUGGCUUUUUUUUUUUUUUCCCCCCAACACACAUUCUGGGAGAAGUGUCUUCCCUCUGACCUUGGUCCCAGCCACCUGAUCUGUUAUUAAUUGCUCUUACCUAUUGCAGUAAUGAAUAUGAUUCUAGGUUUCAAAGGGGGGAAUUUGAAGCAAUAGGCAAGUGGGGCUUGGAUAAACUGGUCCUACAAAUAAGAUACCCUGCCUUAACCUGCUGAGGUGAUGAGUCCACUACUCAUGUGACCCUCCACCUUUGUGGAUUCCUCUUGGUUUAUGACCAGUGUGUCUGUUUCUUGAAGUUGUACAAACUUGUUGACAAAAGUCAAUACUUUGUAUUCUCUGCACUGUUGCACUCCCAAAAUGGCUCCUUGAAUAUUUUUAUUAACUUGUUCACACAUUAUUGUCUACUUUUUUAUUUGGAAAGUAACUUGCUGUUGGACUUAAUAAAUUUGUUUACUUGA